AAUUUUUAUUGCCGAUUUGGAUUCCUUACGUAAAAAUAAGUAACUUUUAUUCGGAACAUUUUUUCAAAUUAUGGAUAGAUGGCGUUAUAAUAGGAAAAAACGAUUGUUGGAAAUGGAAAAUUAAAUUAAAAAAAUGGCAAGCGCCCACUAAAAUGGAAAACUUUACUUAACUUAUUUUGGUUUUAGGACCUACUCUUCACAACCCAAUAGGUCCUUAAAGCGCUCGAGUGACUGCACAUUUAGCAUAUUUUGCUCCCCUACCAUAGCACGGAUAAUCCGCAGCUCGGAUAAUCCGCUCACGGAUAAUCGGGGUUUUACUGUAUAUCUUAAAAAUAUAUACUUAAGUUUGUUUUCACUUUCUCUUUUUUUCUUUAUCUAUUUUCCUUUUUAAUCGUUUUAUUGUUUGGUUUUUAGAUUUCUAUAUAACUUUUUUUUUUAUGAAGUAUGUAUAUGUUGAGAUAAUAGCUAUCCCAACCAGUGUUGCCAACCGCAUUUCUCUAGAUUAUCCGCUCGAAAAAUAUCCGAUUUGUCACGAAAAGAUACGCUCAUAGGCGUAAGGGUUGAAAGUUAUAACCCCCCCAUUUGGAUGUACCUUGAGCUCGCUACGCUUAACACCAUUACUAUUCCAUACCUCCCAGAGACCAUCCAGUACUAGUAGCCCCCCCUUAGGAUCAUCCUGGUUACAACGUUGGAUACGCUACCUUUAAAAAUUAUUCUGUAAUUAAAAUCACUAUUGCCAAUGUUAUUCUUUAAUCAGACUACUUAUUACAGAAUAAUUAUUUUUAAUCUGCUGGAUUUUCUGUUUUACCGUUUAUUUUAAAAAUUUUCGUUUAUAGAUUGAAAUCUCGAAUCCUAGCUUAUUAAUUCAUGUAAUUACCUACAAUUAUUAUAUUGUACGUAUUUUGUAUUAUUGUAAGUGUUAAAUUAUCUAAAUAUUUCAGUAUUUGGAUCUUUUUUAAAACUAUCUAAAACUAGGUACUAGAAUCAAUACAAAAUAUAUAAAUCAAUACAAAAAAACUACAACUACAUUAGAGCGUAGGCGAAAAAUUGCUGGUCAAUGGUUUUUCGAGUCCCGAGAAAACUAAUAAUUAUUUUUGAAAAAUAUAAACGCAGAAUGAAAUAUUACAAGACAUUAUUACCGAGGGCCGAAAGUCCCUGAAGAUUUUUAUAAUUUUGAUUGUAAUAAGUUACAGCGGUGAAAAAAAAAAGAGAAAAUUGAGUGUGAUUUUUAAUUUCAAAUAUUCCAUUCAAAAAAACCUUUUUGUUUAUUCUAAUGGACUUUUGGCCCUCGGUAAUAAUGAAAUCUUUCAUUCUGCGUUUACAUUUUUCAAAAAUAUUUGUUAGGUUUCUCAGGAUUCUAAAAAAAUGAAUGCGUUUAAAAAUUAUUUUGCCCUUACGCUCUUUUCGCAACUAAAGAUUUAUUACAACUAAAACAGUAGAAACAUAACUGACCUAAACAUGUAUGUACGUUAUGCAAAACACCACAAAAAAACAUAAUAUAAUAAAUCACAAAAGUCUUAUUUUUUUAUUUUGCCAUAGAUACGUUACAUUGUAUAAUUUUUUUUGAAGGUGUACAUUUUACACAGCCAGUAUUACCGACACCAUCUUUAGUUGCCAAUACAGCCCUAAUUGUUGAUGUAUUUGUACUGAAUAUAUUAUUGAAAACCCUUUCUACACUAGCCAGUGGCGUAACUAUGGGGUUUUGGGGAUUUUCCCCCCAUUGGGAUGUACUUUGAGCCCUAGGUAUACGCUUAACACCAUUACUAUUUCAUAUCCCCUAGAAACCCUCCAGUAUGUAGUUGUAACCCCCCGCCCUUAGGAUUUUCCUGGUUACACCGUUGACAUUAGCGUUUGAAAAUGGUAGAAGUAAUAGCAAUGAAAAUACUUUUUUUUAAAUUAGGAAACAAAUAUAUAUUAGCUUCAUUUUUUAAUUUUACCAUUUAUCCAUUAUAAAAAAGUAUUUUCACAAACCAAAACUUAUUUCAACAGACCUUUACUUAAGCACUGCACUACAUACAAUAAACAUAAAACUAAAUCGUGCAGCAGAUCUCACAAGUUUAAAGACUAAAAACCCAUAAAUAAAAUCGGACGGUAGAAUCCCUGUUUUUAAAAUGUGAAUUAGAUCAGUAUGCCUUAAUGGGGUAUUAGCACGCUAUGGUCAAAAUAGGUGGCGAAUUUGUAAACUAACGUUUAACAAUUCUUUGAAUAGAUGGCAGCACGUACAUAUAUUUUAUUAUUAAAUUUAGUUCUCUGAACGACACAGCAUUGAUGCCACGUAUUGCAACUUAAGCUCGGCACAGCUCGCUCUCAAUCGUACUUUGUAUUUACAGACGACAGUUUUUAAUCCUUUCUUUACCUGCCUAGGGUAAAUUCUCAUUAAUAGAUUAAUAGAUACUAAACAUUCAUUCAUUUGGAAAUAGUUAUUAUUUAAUAUUAUAUUUACAGACGGCAAUUCGUAGUUCUUUACCUGCUCAAAAAGAUUUAUUUCAAACUAAAGAAAUUUGCAAUUAUUUGAAAUACAAGUGCCUAUCUAAAUGACCAAAAAAGAAUUAUGCUAAUUCUCAGAAUGAAAAUCGAGUAUAAAAUUAGUAUUUUUAAUAAAUGUAAAAUACGUAAGUCAAUUGAAAAACAGCGUCACUACAAUAACUUUUUUCAUAUUGAAUGUUUUUUCAACAGGGGAAGUUUUUUCCUCGGAAAAUUUCACAUUUUAGUCGCAUUUUAAGAAUUUCGUGGAUGAGUCGUGUGACUAAUGUUGAGGUCUUACGUAGAAUGUGCAAUGGGCAAGGAAUGCUAGAUUAUUAACACACAUUAUUAUCAAAGAGCGCAAAGUAGAAUAUCUUGGCCAUGUUAUGAGGAAUGAAUAGAGAUUGCCGCUACUCAUUCUUCAGGGCAAGGUAUUGGGAAGAGAGGACCAGGGAAAAGAAGAAUAUCUUGGCUUCAUAAUCUGAGAAACUGGUUCAAUACAUCGACAAACAGACUAUUCCGAAUAGCAGCAAGCAAAGUUAGGAUAGCCAUGCUGAACGCCAACAUCCGGAACGAAUAAGCACCGUGAGAAGAAGAAGUAUACUUCAUUUUAAAUUAUUCUUCUUCUUAUUCAUGUGCUUCGUCCGUUACAGACAUUGGCACGUUAGUCCAAACCAUUGGUGUAAGUUUUGAAGUAAUGAGUGUCUUCUUCUUCUGGGUCCACGUUUGCUCUCUAUUUUACUCUGUAUUGUCAGUGGCAGUAUACGAUAUUUAUCAUGUCUCAUAAUAUGAUCGAGGUAUUCAGGUUUCCGUUUCUUAAUUAUUGUGAAAGAGAUUUCUCAUUUUUGUUUUCCCCUCGGCGCAAUACCUCUACGUUGGUAGUGUGAGUCGUCCAGGAUAUUUUGAGGAUAGGUCGGUACACCCACAUUUCGAAUUCCUCUAGCUUUUUCAUCAAUGUUUCCGUUACUGUCCAGGCCUCUGCUCCAUAUAGCAAGACCGGAAAGAUAUCAUUUUAGCAGCCGUAUUUUUAGUGGGAUAGAUAUAUCGAAUUUGAUGAAUAUAUUUCUCAUGUUGUCAUAAAUGUUGCUCUGGCCUUUUCAAUUCUAGAUCGUAUUUCGGUUGUUUGAUCCUAUUUGGAGUUAACGACUUUUCCAAGGUACACAUAUGAGUGUAAUGUGUAGUGUGUGUGUAUUGUGUAAAUGUCUUGUUACUUAGCAAAGUCGAAGUCAUUGUUUUUUAAGGUGACCAACUAUUUUUUGUUCAAAAAGAGUACACUUUGCAAGUAUUGAAAAUAUGUUAAUCCCCUAGACCUACAGAAAAAUUUAAAUCCUAAUACUAAAUCUAUUUCUGGGCAAAAAUAAUUAAUCCUAAUACUAAAUCUGUUUCUGGGCCAAAAAUAAUUAAUCCUAAUGUUUAUGGUAUGAGUUUUUGCUAUCUACUAAAUAAUAGUUUUUUCUCACUUAAUUCGUGCAAUUAUUUACUUUAUAUAACGACACAAUGAAAAGUCUCUAUUUCUCUGAUUGAAAUACGAACGAAUGGUGCGAGGCAACUGGUGCGAGGCAAAUGGUGCGAGGCAAAUGGCUCCGAGGCGAAUGGUGUGAGGCAAAUGGUGCGAGGCGGCGAAUGGUGCGAGGUAAAUGGUGCGAAGCAAAUGGUGCGUGGCGAAUGGUGCGGGGCGAAUGGUGCGAGGCAAAUGGUGCUAGGCAAAUGGUGCGAGGUAAAUGGUGCGAGGCAAAUGGUGCGAGGCAAAUGGUGCGAGGCAAAUGGUGCGAGGCAAAUGGUGCGGGGCGAAUGGUGCGGGGCGAAUAGUGCGAGGCGAAUGGUGCGAGGUAAAUGGUGCGAAGCAAAUGGUGCGAGGCAAAUGGUGCGAGGCAAAGGGUGCGAGACGAAUGGUGCGUGGCGAAUGGUGCGGGGCGAAUGGUGCGAGGCAAAUGGUGCGAGGUAAAUGGUGCGAGGCAACUGGUGCGAGGCAAAUGGUGCGAGGCAAAUGGUGCGAGGCAAAUGGUGCGAGGCAAAUGGUGCGAGGCAAAUGGUGCGAGGCAAAUGGUGCGAGGCGAAUGGUGCGAGGCGAAUGGUGCGAGGCAAAUAUUGCGAGGCGAAUGGUGCGAGGUAAAUGGUGCGAAGCAAAUGGUGCGAGGCAAAUGGUGCGAGGCAAAUGGUGCGAGGCAAAUGGUGCGUGGCGAAUGGUGCGGGGCGAAUGGUGCGAGGCAAAUGGUGCGAGGCAAAUGGUGCGAGGUAAAUGGUGUGAGGCAAAUGGUGCGAGGCAAAUGGUGCGAGGCAAAUGGUGCGAGGCAAAUGGUGCGGGGCGAAUGAUGCGAGGAAAAUGGUGCGAGGCAAAUGGUGCGAGGCAAAUGGUGCGAGGCAAAUUUACUGUUUUAGAAGGGUCCAUUUGAAACAAUUUAAUGCUCUAAAGUUCACUAGCCUUUCUAUCCAUUCACAAUGAGUAUAAAAUUAUACAAAUGAGUACUUUCAGAAUAAAGGUUUGAAAAGAGUACAGUUAACGAAAAAAAGAGUACAAAACUCCGUAAAUGAGUACAGUUGGUCACCUUAUUGUUUUUGCAAAGAAACGCUAAUUGUAUCCGAACUUCUGCGGUCCCUCCGGUGAGUACCGAUCCCACAAGGACAGAAACUAUUUUCAUUUAUUAAUUUUUAAGAAAUGAGAAAUUCUCCACCAAGGUGAGAUUCGAACUCACGACCUUUAGGUCCAAAGGUAGGCGUUCUUACCACGCCACUGAGCCACAGAGAGGUCACAAUAUCAUGAUUGAAACACAAACAAAGUCCAAAAUGUUUACUGGCAGGGGGAGGGGACACUUUUCUAAACAAAACCACGUGAUUCAUAUUUCCAUGGUUACAAAACUCGUUUUCAAUGUUUUGCAGAUUUUUUUAACAUUUGGAAAACGCGCCUUUGUCUCCAUUUAAUACAUCACUGCUGCCAUCUACUAAAUGACACGUGAACUCAGUUUCUCAUCUAUUAAGUGAUAGCCGAACUAAUUUAUCACUAGAACAAUGCCAACUUGUUAGGGUUAUAUCAACAAAAUCCCUAGAUUGCAGCUUAUAAGUAUAAUUUUUAUCUUUAGGUACAGUUAAUUUAAAAAUUAUGGCAGUAUGAAUAAUGAACGUUUGCUUAAAAUAAAGCUUAUUGCAUAGUUAAUUAUUUAUGGUAGUUAUUUUGUACAGAAGUUCAAAAAUUAUUACAUAUAUCCAAUUUUUAGGGCUGGAUACCAAGUAAGUUAUGACAUGGGUUCCUUUAAGUACAGUUAUAAAAAAAAUUACUGCUUUUUUUUGAAAUUUUAACUAGAUACUAUUAAACUAGAAAGUUUACAGUUCACGUACAUACCCACAAGUUGAAAAUUGGUUUUGAAAUAGUGGCGGUAACUGUACCUAAAAUUAUAUAAAUUUUAACAUUGUGUCAUACCACCUUAAGUGGAAACAUUUGUGCAUUCAAAUUAUAAACAAGACAAUUCGCACAGGUCCCUUUUGUCCCUUCUUAUCUGUCCUCACUUAGAUAAUUACCAUGAAAAAUAUCGGGUGUCGCUAACAUGCAUCCAAUAUAAAUAUAGGCUAUUUAUAGAAAUUUGGGUGGAACCAAAGAAAAUUAAUGUAUUGUUGGGAAUAUAUGAAUGACAAACGGAUUUUUUUAAGCUUAUUUUUGUUAUUAGUCUGUUGUCGUAGAUUGGUAGAUGCACUGAAAAAUAUACGCAAAUAUCCGAUUUAUAUAAAGAUACGAAGAAGAUACGACAACUCUCAAAAAGAUCUGCCGAUUGGCAACACUGAUCCCAACAAGACAAUAGGACGUCAUUAAGAUCGUCCUAGACAAAGAGAGAGAGAGAGGCUGUACUACUAAAGGUGCUGGUUCUAAAUACAAUAUAAUGAGGAUAUCUAUCUGUAACUGUAAUAAAGAGGGUGGGAAAGGGAUGUUUAAACACUAAGGUUUAACGGAGCUUUCAUUAACGAGUACUAACUAUUUAUUGAGAGGAGAUAUAUACAAAUAUAACACAAAACAGACCUAAGAGAAGGAGAAAACAAAACAUACAAACAAAACGGUUAGA